CGAGUGGUUCAUCUUUAGCUUUAGAAGAUCUUUGUGUGGGAGAAAUGGCGUCUGACGGCUUGGCCUCUCUGGGGCCGGAGGGAGCCUCGGCUGCGGCUCACGCUCUCUCUCUUCCUGCAGACGCUUAUGGAAAUGAUCCUCGGCUGGAGGUCAUGUGGGCGAUGAAGGCCUACAACCACGCAGAGGUUUACUUCAACCUCAUCUCUUCCGUUGAUCCGAAGUUUCUGAAACUGACGAAGCUCGACGAUAAAAUCUACUCGAGCUUCAGAGAAACGUUCAAAGAUCUCGACAUCAAGCUGCUGAAACCUGACGACCUGAAGUCUGACCAGGCCAAAGAGGUGUGGCGUCCGUUCUGUAACCAGUUCGAAGGACUCAUCGAAGACUUCAACUACGGAACGCUGCUGCGGCUCGACUGUCAGAAGGAUUACACCGAGGAGAACACCAUCUUCGCCACCAGGACGCAGUUCUUCGCCAUUGAAAUCGCCCGAAACAGAGAAGGCCUCAACACGGCCGUGUUCACGUCCAAGAGCGCCAAGAGCUGAAGAGCUGGGUGUCCGUCACCAUGGAGACCAACUGUCUCUGAGUUUUAUUUCCAUUCAACGAGCUGAAACAUCCGUCACUGUUUGUUUGUUUGUUUGUUUGUUUGUUUCUAGCUGCAGGGUGAUUGACAGCUCUGCUCUGCCAGACACAUUUUGUAUUUUCUGUAAAGUUUUAUUGUGCCAAUCCUAAAGGGCUCGUUUAUUUUGUUCCUCACUAACCAAGAAGUAACAAAUAAAAAGUCUGAUGCAUUUUACUAAA